AUGAUUGGUUCUGCUGCCGAAGGCUUGCAGCAAGCCGCAGACAUCUCGUCCUCCAGUUCUGAACGCAAUCAUCAAGGAUCCUCCAGCAAGAGCACAUAUUUGAUCUUUGUAAAGCACAAUUUCGAUAUGAAUUCCCUGCCGACAAUGCUUCCACCCCCGUUCUACACGUCUCUCGUAGGACCUGACGACAUACGACUCAUCUGCCUCCAUCCUGGUGACACGGCCAGUCUUGUUUGCGAUCUCAGAAUCAUUUCUCUAUCGGACAGCACGAGUUAUGAAGCACUAUCCUACACAUGGGGCCUCGAUGACCCAAUACUUGACAAGCAGUCCUUCUCUAUUACUUUAUCUGACAGGAAGUUCUCCGUCGCCGCCAACCUCUACUUUGCACUCAAACGACUACGAGAAGAGAAGCCUCGAAUGCUUUGGAUUGAUGCGAUAUGUAUCAGCCAGGACGAUCUUUUAGAGCGAGCUCAACAAGUUCGAAUCAUGAGCAAGAUUUACUCCUCAGCAAGCAGAGUGUUAAUCUGGCUCGGAGAAGAAGAACCUACCGACAGGCUUGCAUUUGACAAUUUGCGAAAAUGGAACGAACGUCUCAAGUCUCCUGAGAUUGCAGCAGAUCUGUCUGCUCAUAUCUGGAGGAACGAAAGAGCAGAACUUGAUUCCCCUGCGUGGCCUGCGGUUGGUUCCGUGCUAUCUCGACGUUGGUUCCGACGUAUUUGGGUUAUCCAAGAAGCGGCGAUGGCCAAAGCAGCUGUUGUGAUCUGCGGACCUCAGAUUGUGCAUUGGGAAGUCUUGGAAACUGUUCUUCAUCACUUCAACAGGAACAGUAUGCAAGGACUCUACUUUUUGAAUUCUCGUGGAGAAGCGACAGCUAUUGGAGGGACGACAGUCACCAGAAUACGCUCUUUCAAAGAGGGCAUCAGAUCUGGCGAGAGACUAUCGCUUCUGCAUUUGCUCCUCUAUACCACUAACUUAGAAUGUACUGACCCUCGAGAUAUUGUAUAUGGAUUACUGUCCAUGGCGCCAGAAUCUCUCGCAAUACCGGUCGAUUACACAAUUCCGGUUCAAGACCUUUUCGCGCACAUCAACAGAGAAAUGGUUGAUAGUGAUAAUGAAUUCAGCUUGCUGUCUUUCUUCGAUGCACCUUCGUUGGAAAAUCCGAUAUUGGCUACACCUUGGGCACCGAAUUGGCAAGCCAGAGACAAUGAGCGGGCCGGAUUCUCCGAAUUUCCCAACAGAUUCGCCGCAAUGACUCUUGACACGCAGCGGCCCAGCUUUUCAAGGGACGGCUCCAAGCUGAAAACUCUUGGUGUUAUUUUCGAUGAGGCCCACACCAUUGGAACCACAUGCUGUGCUUCUUACUUGGACAAGGAUGGCACUCAGUUGCAUUUCUCACACGAAAUGAUGGCUUUCGUUGACACCUGUGGGAGAGUUGCCGCAGGAUCUACAGCAUCAUACGAUCCUCCUCAAACGCUCGAAGAAGCCAUUUGGAGGACGAUGAUCUGCAAUACCACAAUAGAUAGCGAGACGGUCCCCAGCUCGUAUGCACAGAAGUUCAACACCUUCAAGUUCUUCAUGCGCGCUGCCCAAUAUCCUGCUUUGAUGGCAAUAAUUCCUGCUGAUCAGCGCGAAGUGAGAUAUCGCGAGGCAAACGAGUUUCAAAUAGUGCUGGAUAGAUGGAUCCAUGGUCGAGUGUUUUGUAGAACGAAGAAUGGAUAUCUGGGAAUGCUUCCUGUUGGGUCCAGACCCGGGGAUGAGAUUUGUGGGAUUUUACGGGCAAAGACGCCGUAUGUGAUACGGAAGAAGUCGAACGGUUGCUAUCAGCUCAUUGGGGAAUGCUAUAUUCACGGAAUGAUGAAUGGGGAGCUGUUUCGUUUGCCCAAUCUCAGGGCGAGGGUUCAAGAUGUUAUUCUGGGCUAG